AAAUAAAACGGUGCGUAUUGGCUCUCAAUCAUCAAUUACUUCUAAACAACGUCGUUUCUAGAUAAAACCCUCCUUCCUCCUCCGGUGAUAAAUAAAUAAACCACUCUUUGAUUGUUCGAGAUUUUCUAGCUUUGUCUUUGCUUGGCCAUUUACACAUGAGAAAUUCUGUGAAUCGACCUCCCACGCCAGAUGCAGUGGAGGACCAGUCGAAAGAUCUUUCUCUUCAAGAAAUCAUUAACAUUAAGUUAAUUGAGAGUGGAGAAAAAGAGAGGUUAAUGGAACUUCUGCGAGAAAGGCUUGUAGAUUGUGGGUGGAAAGAUGAAAUGAAAGCUCUCUGCAGGGCAUAUAUAAAGAAGAAAGGGAGAAAUAAUGUUACUGUGGAUGACCUUGUACACGUAAUUACACCAAAGGGCAGAGCUUCCAUUCCUGAUGCAAUAAAGGCAGAGUUGUUGCAAAGAAUCCGUACUUUUCUUGGGUCCGCCGCUUUUUAAAUCCCAGUACAAAUUUCCUAGCGUGAAGUUGUCGUAGAAUCUCAAAGAUGUUGCUGAAUCAGUAAGGAAGUUGUCUCUUAGUCCUAUCCACAGAUUUCUCAGAGGGUAGAUCAAGCUGCAUUCAUAAUGGAAUAGCAGAAUGUGCAGCAGCUUUAAGGGAGCCCAGAUGCUGCUUAAUAAAGCAAUAGACAGGUUUCUUCAUGGAAUUGAUGUUUGGCAUAGGGUUUCAUCAUCCAAGUUUAGGCUUUGGUGUUCCUAUUGAAGCUCAAAUUUCCAAUGUCUCAGUUACUAGUUGUUCCGGUCUUAUUCAAUUUCAAAUCCAUCUGUGUGUGUACUUACGAGUAACCGUGAUUUGAUAUUUGAAACAUUUUUCUGGUCCGUCAAA